AUGCAGUGUGGACUGAGUCCUAACCUCCAUCACUGCUUGCUUUUGCAGUUGGAGGUGCAGUGUCCUCCUGGUGUCACCCUUGGCUUUGUUGCAGAGCACUGGAACCUGUGCAGGGCAGUCUACAGCAUCCAAAACGAAAAGAGAGAGAAUGUGAUGAGAGUGCGUGGACCAUGUGCAACAUACGGCUGUGGCUCAGACUCUGUUUUUGAGGUCAAAUCCCUGGAUGGAGUAACUGACAUUGGCAGUAUCAUCAGGAAGUGGAAUGGUUUGUUGUCCACCAUGGGUGAUGCUGAUCAUUUUGACAUUCGCUUCCCUCUGGACCUGGAUGUGAAGAUGAAAGCGAUGAUUUUUGGAGCCUGCUUCCUCAUUGACUUCAUGUAUUUUGAAAGCUCUCCUGCUCCUCCACGACGUUCAUCAAGAUAGAGUGAGAGCAAAUCAUCAAUGUGGCUAAUAAAAAUAGUAGAGAACAUUGCAUUAGGCUUACAGUCAACAUUCAACUCUUUGCAAGUGUAUUUCUCUGCUUUGUGGGGUUUUUUAAAUUGAGCAUUUGCUUUGAGAACCAGGCUAAAGGUGGAAGUGAAAGAACACAAUCAAAACAUGUCUUAAUUGAGUCUCUGUCUACAUGGUAGACCAGGAGUUCCUUCUGAAAAUCUUUGACUGCUUAAAGCAAGUAAACAUAAGACAAAAUAAGCUUUAAUACACUAUGAACAUAAGAUAAGUGACUAUGAAUCCCAGAAGUUUCACAUUAAUAGGAAGUGAAAUGAUGGGUUGUUGUUGGCACAACCUCUCCUCUUUAUCAAGAAGACAAACUUGAUCCCAACUAUAAAGAAUGACAUUCUUCAUCUAUAAAACAACAAGGUAAACAUAUUGAACUAUUAUUCUUUGUUGUACAAAGAAAAUUUUACUUAUGCACAUGUACCAAAGCCUCAUUCUACAAAUUUAUAACAGAUUCAAUG